GCUUGAUCCAGGAGCUAGGGCAGGUUGCCCAGGCUCUUGGGACUGUCCCAGAGGAGCUCAUCUCCUGUCCUGGGUGUAAGCGAGUGUACCCUACCAGGGAUGUAACUGAACAUUUUUUUCUGCAGUGCUUCUCUCCUGAGCAAUUCAAGAUGGCCAGGAACUGCUCCGAGUGCAAGGAGAAGAGGGCGGCACACAUUCUCUGUACCUACUGCAACCGCUGGCUCUGCAGCUCCUGCACGGAAGAGCACCAGCAUGGCCCUGCUCCUGGGGGUCCGCUCUUCCCCCCGGGUCAGAAGGGAUCUCCAGGAGUGAAUGGUGGUUCUGGGGACUUCGCCUUGUACUGUCCUCUACACACACAGGAAGUGCUCAAGCUAUUCUGCGAGACGUGUGAUGUGCUCACAUGCCAUAGAUGCCUCAUGGUGGAACACAAAGAACACAGGUGCAGACAUCUUGAAGAAGUUCUGCAAAAUCAGAGGAUGCUUCUGGAAAGUGUGACUACACAGGUGGCUCAUAAGAAAUCCAGCCUGCAGACAUCUGCAAAGCAAAUUGAGGACAGGAUUUUUGAGGUGAAGCAUCAGCACAGGAAGGUGGAAAACCAGAUCAAAAUGGCCAAGAUGGUUCUAAUGAAUGAGCUGAACAAACAGGCCAACGUGCUCAUAGAAGAGUUGGAGGGCAUUACUAACGAGAGAAAACGGAAGCUGGAGCAGCAGUUACAGAGCAUCAUGGUGCUCAACCGUCAGUUCGAGCAUGUGCAGAAUUUCAUCAAUUGGGCUGUUUGCAGCAAAACCAGUAUCCCUUUCCUUUUCAGCAAAGAGCUGAUUGUGUUUCAGAUGCAGCGAUUGCUGGAGACAAAUUGUAACACAGAUCCUGGCUCCCCUUGGAGUAUCAGAUUCACCUGGGAGCCUAACUUCUGGACCAAGCAGCUGGCUUCCCUUGGCUGUAUAACCACAGAAGGUGGACAACUGUCUCGGACAGAUACCCAUGCUUAUGGAAGUUUACAGGGACCAUCAUCGUUUUAUCAAAGCCACCAGUCUCCAGUAGCUCAGCAAGAGACUCUUAGCCACCCCUCACACAAGUUCCACUCUCCAGCACUGUGUUCCUCGUCUGUGUGCUGCUCCCACUGCUCCCCCGUCUCGCCCUCCCUCAAAGGCCAGGUCCCCCCACCCAGCAUACACCAAGCUCACAGCUUUAGGCAGCCCUCUGAGGUGGUGCCCCAGCAGCUGGGGUCACUGCAGUGCUCCACCCUGCUACCCAGAGAGAAAGAGCUGCCCUGCAACCCUCAACCACCAAAGCUGCUGCAGCCCUGGCUGGAAACCCAGCCCUCCGUGGAGCCGGAGAGCACAUCCCAGCGGCUGGGGCAUCAGCUGACCUCCCAGCCCGUGUGCAUUGUCCCCCCGCAGGAUGUUCAGCCUGGAGCCCACGCCCAGCCCACCUUACAGACACCCUCUAUUCAAGUCCAGUUUGGCCACCACCAGAAGCUGAAGCUCAGCCACUUUCAGCAGCAGCCACAGCAGCAGCUGCCGCCUCCACUACCUCUGCCACCCCCACCCCAGCAGCAGCCACCCCCACUUCUACCUCCAUCCCAGCACCUGGCUUCUAGUCAGCAUGAGAACCCUCCUGGGCCUGCCUGUUCCCAGAACGUGGACAUAAUGCACCACAAGUUUGAGCUGGAGGAAAUGCAGAAGGACCUGGAGCUUCUCCUUCAGGCUCAACAGCCCAGCCUACAACUGAGUCAGACCAAAUCACCUCAGCAUCUUCAGCAAACCAUUGUGGGGCAGAUCAACUACAUCGUGAGGCAGCCAGCCCCCAUCCAGUCCCAGACCCAGGAGGACGCCGCCGCACAGGCUACAGAUGAGCCCCCAGCAUCUGAAGUCCCAAAGCCAGCUCUCUCUCUUGACAAGAACUCUGCUGCUAACUUGCCCCAGUCAUCUGGGGAAGAAACCCCUCACAGUGUCCCCUCACUGGACAACACUGCCCAGCACUCCUCUCCAAAUGUGGUGAGAAAGCACUCCACCUCUGUGAGCAUCAUGGGCUUUUCCAACACUGUGGAGAUGGAGCUGUCAUCUACGAGGCUGGCGAGGGCCCUAGAGCCACAGAUCCAGAGUGUGAGCAGCCUGACAGCUGCCCCUCUUCAGGCAGUACCAGGCCUGCUGAGUGGCCCCCCACCGACCGUGUCCAGCCUGACAAGCGGACAAAACCAGGCUCUGUCUAGCCUGACAGGCAGUCACCUGCAGACAAUGCCCAGCCUCAUGCGUGGCACAGCCCGGUCCAUGCCCAACCUGAUUAGUGAGGCCUCCCAGGUCAUCACAAGCCGGGCAAGUAAUUACUCUCAGGCCGGGCCCAACCUGAUGUCUGGUCCAAGCCAGGCCGUGCCAAGCCUGGCAAUUUGUCCUCUGCAGAGUACGCCUCCGGCUACUGAUGUGCAGCCCGACACUGGAGCCAGUGGCAGUCCUGGCCCUGGCCGAGCUGCAGGGGGCCUGUGCCCUGGCGAUGGGGCUGACCCCUCCAUGGGGAACACCCUCUGUAAGAUGGAAAGUGAAGAUUCCACCCAUUUCAAUGACUCUUUGGGACAAGAUCCCACAGCCCCUGGUCUAGAUGUUCCCAAGGACUUGCCUGUCCCCUCAGAACUGGAGGAACCAAUUAACCUCUCCGUGAAAAAAACCCCUGUGGUCUCAGUGGUCAACACAUCCGUGGCUCUGCAGCAGUACCAGAACCUAAAAGAGUCUGAGAAUGUUGAACAAGGAGCCCUAGAGAUGGAUACAAAAGAGAACCAGAGUAUCAGAUCCUACAAUAGUGAGCCCAAGAUUCCCUAUGUGCGGCUAGAGCGACUCAAGAUCCAUGCUACCUCCUCGGGAGAGAUGCCUGUGUUUAAGUUGAAGCCACAGGAGAAUGAUCAGGAUGGGAGCUUCCUGUUGAUCAUCGAGUGUGGCAAUGAGUCCUCCAGCAUGUCCAUUAAGGUCAGUCAGCACACCCUGCCUGAUGCCAGCCAGGCCCCAAGUCUGGGAGGAAGGAAGGUCACUGUCACAUCUCUGGCUGGGCAGCAGUCACCAGAGGUGGAGGGGGCACCUCCUGAAGAACACAGACUCGCUCCUCGAGCUCCUGGAGCCAAGAAGGGGCCGCCAGCACCAAUAGAGAAUGAGGACUUCUGUGCUGUGUGCCUCAAUGGGGGAGAGUUGCUGUGCUGUGACCGCUGCCCCAAAGUGUACCACCUUUCCUGCCACUUGCCAGCCUUGCUCAGCUUCCCAGGGGGAGAUUGGGUGUGUACCUUGUGCCGCAGCCUGACCCAGCCCGAGAUGGAGUACGACUGUGAGAAUGCCCGCUAUAACCAGCCUGGAAUCCGGGCCCCUCCUGGCCUGAGCAUAUCUGACCAGAAGAAGUGUGAGAAGCUGGUACUGUCCUUGUGCUGCAAUAGCCUCAGCCUGCCUUUCCACGAACCUGUCAGCCCUCUGGCCCGGCAUUACUACCAGAUUAUCAAGAGGCCCAUGGACCUGUCAAUCAUCCGGAGGAGGCUGCAGAAGAAGGAUCCAGCUCACUAUACCACCCCGGAGGAGGUGGUGUCAGACGUGCGCCUCAUGUUCUGGAACUGUGCUAAGUUCAAUUAUCCUGAUUCUGAGGUUGCAGAGGCUGGCCGCUGCCUGGAAGUAUUCUUUGAAGGCUGGUUGAAGGAGAUCUACCCAGGGAAACAGUUCGCCCAGCCGAGGCAGGAAGACUCAGACUCCGAGGAGGUGUCUAGCGAGAGUGGGUAUUCCACUCCCCAGGGCUUCCCGUGGCCCCACUACGUGCAGGAGGGCAUCCAACCCAAGAGGCGGCGGCGACACAUGGAGAAUGAAAGAUCAAAAAGAAUGUCUUUCCGCCUGGCCAACAGCAUCUCCCAGGUGUAGAUCUGGCAGGAGACAGAACUCUGGCAGAUGGUGCCGCAUCCUGUUGACCACUCCCCACCAUUCAGCUCAUUCUCUUCAGAUUGUGGAUGUGAGACAAGUCUUGUCGAGCUGGUGUAGUGCCCUUCUUUGCCAUUUGCAUCUUACAGCAUUUAUUUGGGAGCCAUAGUGCAUCCACUACAGAGAAGAUUUCAGUAAUAAACUGCAAAGAGGGAGGUAUUCCCUAUUACCAGAAUAAUCUGAUGUAUAGG